AUGGCUCUUCCCGCUCUCCCAUACCCGGCCCUUGCUGCCCCUCUCCCCACUCCAGAGCAAGAGUGCCGCACCUUCCACUCCCUGGACAGCACCAACUACGAGAAGCGUAUCACGUGGAAGCCCAUCACCGUCUCCAUCAUGCUUCGUCAUGGCUCCUACUACCAGUACUCCUCGCACAACCUCCCAUCGGUGUUCCAGGUUGAAGAUCUCCUCGUCCAACUGGGAUUGCGUACUCGCGAUCCGGACUUCUUCGCGGCCUGUGCACGCAAGACGGUGGACAAAGUCAUCUCCACCCUCAAGCACGGUGCCGGUGACGGAGCGCUUUACGAGGUGAAGAGCGAGAGCAAGGUGUGGACCGUUGGUUGGCGGGACGGAAGCCAAGACUUUUGGGAGAAUGGUGUGCACGGCAUCGCCAAUGGAGAAGAUCACAACAUUGUGCUACGUGCCGAUGAAGGCGCGCUGGCGGUUGGUGACGAGAAGCCUUCGACCGGAAAGGCCCUCAUUGGUGCUCUUGUUGCUCGCUUCGAGGCUCGUCUGGAGGCCGCGGAGGAUGAGAUUGAUCCUGGUGAUGAGACUGUUCGCGGCGCCUCUCAGCCAGCAGCUGCUCCUCCUCCACAGCCUCAGCAUCGUCCUCGUCCUGCCACUCGAUCUCAGACCGGCUACGCUGCAGCUUCUCGGGUCACUGGCUCUCAGCCACAGCAGGCUCCUCCCAGCAUCACUCCUGCUCCAUUUCUGCCUGCGAGCACUCCAUCAGCUGGUGCUCAGCCACAGCAGGCUGCUAUCAACACUAUUCCUGCUCCAACUCACGCUGCAGCCACCCAGGCUUCUCCCAGCAUCACUCAUGGCCCAACUGGCGCUGCAUUCAAUCAAGCUUCUGGUUCUCAAUCUCGACCUCAGCAGGCUGCUCUCGAUAGCACUCCCGCUCCCAACACCACUCCCGCUCCAGAUCAGCAUCCGAGCAAUACCGUCAACAAUCCAUUCCAGCAAGCGAGGGUUCCAAUCCAGCUUCCUCGUGAAGACCUCUACCAACAGAUGCAGGUCAAGCUCAAUACUCUGCAGAACGACAAUUCUCGCCUCAGCGCUCAGAUUGCCAAGCUUAGGGCCCGCCGCGGCGAAGCUACCCCAGCUCAGGGCAAUGCUCGCCAGACUACACCAGCUACACCCGCUCGCGGUGGUCAUUACCUUUCGCCAUCUCCGACUCCAGCCCCGGAAGACGAGGUCGUGGACAUCUCCUCGAAUGCUACUGGCUUUCUGAAUCGGCAGAAGAACAAUGGUGGAGAGUAUUGCGAUGGCUACCCAUUCCAGCCGGAGCUGCAGCAGCCUUCUCGCCAGCCCCAGUACUACUCUUCCCAGCAGCCUUCGCGUCAGCCUCAACACCAGCAGAACACACCCACCCCAUUUUCAGUGGUGCGCAAGGUCACCAUCGACCCCCGUCCCGCUACUUGCCAGGAUGAGGAUGAUCUGGCUUCUGUCUCUUCUGGCCCUGCCAAUCCGGUGUAUCCUCAGCUCCAGCCUCGCAAGGACAAUGUCGUCUACACCAAUGGCCUUGGUGCUUCUCGUGGCUCGACCCAGUCUGCUCAGCCCGCACAUGCCAAUCACUUUGGUGCUUCUCCACCUCGCACCUCAGCUCAGCCUCAGCCUCGCAAGCAGCAUGUCGUCUCCUUUGGUGCUAAUGCCCCGCGUACUUCGGCCCAGCCAGCUCUGCGCUCCAACAUCAACGGUCCUGCUAGCAACACCCGCUCUCACUUUUCUGGUGGUGGCAAUGCUGCUCAUGGAACUGGCCCGCAGCGUAUCAUUCGUCCACAGCAGCCGCAGCCGCAGCCGCAGUCGAACGACCAGUGCCCCGUCGGUCGCCCUCCCAAGAUCGUCCCCAAUGGCACCUUCUCCUCCUACCAGGCGCUUGGACCUUUUACUGGGUCUUGA